GGCCCGGCCGGAGCGGGAGCCCAAGCGCGGCGGGCGCGGUGGCCGGGGCGGGGGGCUUAGGCCGGCGAAGAUGGCGAGCGUGGGGCUGCAGUUCCAGGCGAGCGCCGGGGACGCGGACCCGCAGAGCCGGCCGCUGCUGCUGCUCGGGCAGCUGCACCACCUGCACCGCGUGCCCUGGAGCCACGUCCGCGGGAAGCUGCUGCCCCGGGUCACCGAGGAGCUCUGGCAGGCUGCCCUAAGCACGCUCAACCCCAGCCCCACGGACAGCUGUCCCCUCUACCUGAACUAUGCCACCGUGGCCGCCCUGCCCUCCAGGGUGAGCCGGCACAAUAGCCCCUCGGCCGCGCAUUUCGUCACCCGGCUCGUGCGGACCUGCCUGCCGCCGGGAACCCAUCGGUGCAUUCUGAUGGUCUGUGAGCGGUCGGACGCCUUCGCCUCGGCCUGUGCCCUGGCCCGCGCUUUCCCACUCUUCACCCAACGCUCGGGGGCAUCACGGCGCCCGGAGAAGAAGACCGUCACAGUGGAGUUUUUCCUGGUGGGACAAGACAACGGGCCAGUGGAAGUGUCCACUUUGCAAUGUUUAACAAGCGCCACAGAAGGCGUGCGGCUGGCAGCCCGCAUCGUGGACACGCCCUGCAAUGAGAUGAACACAGACACCUUCCUCGAGGAGAUUAAGAAAGUUGGAAAAGAACUGGGGAUCGUCCCAACCGUUAUCCGGGACGAGGAGCUGAAGACAAGAGGAUUUGGAGGGAUCUACGGUGUGGGCAAGGCCGCCCUCCACCCCCCAGCCCUAGCCGUCCUCAGCCACACCCCGGACGGAGCCACCCAGACCAUCGCGUGGGUGGGCAAGGGCAUCGUCUACGACACCGGGGGUCUCAGCAUGAAGGGGAAGACCACCAUGCCAGGGAUGAAGAGGGACUGCGGGGGCGCCGCGGCCGUGCUGGGGGCCUUCAGAGCCGCCGUCAAGCAGGGUUUCAGAGACACCCUCCAUGCCGUGUUCUGCCUGGCUGAGAACUCGGUGGGACCCGGCGCCACGAGGCCGGACGACAUCCACCUGCUGUACUCAGGAAAGACUGUGGAAAUCAACAACACGGACGCCGAGGGCAGGCUGGUGCUGGCGGAUGGCGUGUCCUACGCGUGCAAGGACCUGGGCGCCGACAUCAUCCUGGACAUCGCCACGCUGACCGGAGCUCAGGGCAUCGCCACGGGCAAGUACCACGCGGCAGUGCUCACCAACAGCGCCGAGUGGGAGGCGGCCUGCAUGAAGGCCGGGCGGCAGUGCGGGGACCUGGUGCACCCGCUCGUCUACUGCCCGGAGCUGCACUUCAGCGAGUUCACCUCGGCCGUGGCAGACAUGAAGAACUCAGUGGCGGACCGGGACAACGGCCCCAGCUCCUGCGCCGGCCUUUUCAUCGCCUCGCACAUCGGCUUCGACUGGCCCGGGGUCUGGGUCCACCUGGACAUCGCUGCGCCCGUGCACGCCGGUGAGCGAGCCACGGGCUUCGGUGUGGCUCUCCUGCUGGCGCUCUUCGGCCGGGCCUCUGAGGACCCUCUGCUGAACCUGGUGUCCCCGCUAGGCUGUGAGGUGGACGCCCAGGAGGAGGACGUGGAGAGGGACUCCAAGAAGCGCAGGCUCGUGUGACGCGGCUGCCCCGCCCGGCGGCGCUGGGCUCUUUACCUCACUUUGCACUGAUUAAUUGUAAGCAAUUGGAAGAUUAUACCUUAAGAUGAACUUGGGUUUGUUCUGUUUUUAGUUGUCGUGGUGACGGAAAGGCUCCUUCUUGUCAGGCUUAGGAGGCAGCUCAGGGUUUGGCGGGGGCCCCGGGGAGGGCUGUGCGGGCAGCAGUGGGCUUGUUUCUGUUUGAUUUGCCGCCAGCUUCUGCAGACCGCGCUCCCUGCUGGGGCCUCCGCACGACCCCGGGCCCCAGGACGCGUGCGCGGCCCUGACGCUCUGGGCUGCGCGGCCCUUGUGUCCACGGUGGGUGCCGUGGCCCAGUCUCCAGCUGGGCCCUGUGCGUGGCACCCACAUUACAGAGAGCCCAGGCCCGUGCUCCAGCCAGGGCUGCCGCUGCCUCCAGGCAGCCCUGCCCUUUGAGAGGAUGGAGGUGACUUACUUCGGGGACCCAAUUUUAUGGAGCAAGAGGAAGCUCUACUCUGGCUCCUUAGAAUUCACUGGGGGUGGAAGUAAAUAUGGCUGAACCACAUCACAUUUUUGCCUCCGUCUCACUCUCUCUCCAGCCCGUUUUAGAAAGCAACCCUGACGCCUGCCCAUGGGCCUGAGGCUCCGGGAUGCCACCACCUUCUCCCAAACCAGCAUCUGGCUUUGAGAUGCAGCUUGUCAACCUCGUUUUUACAGAUGAGCACCCUGGGGCCCUCGGGUCCAGGCCUGCACACAGCCUGGGCCAUCUUGGAUCUGAGGGUUCAGAGCGUAGACUCCUCGGGCUCUUAGGGCUUUCCCACGACCUGCAGUCUGCAGGGAAGGCUGUCCCGACCCCCCGAGCACAUCACGAGGCAAGUGUUGUACGGGUUCAAGUGAAGGUCCCCCCCGGGCAUGUUCCUAGGUGCUGAAGGGCCCAGUCUGGCCAGGUUUCAGGGAGACCCCUGACCUGGGCCCAGCGGAGGAGAUCGGGGACUCGGGCCCCACCCGGCAUGGCGGCGGCUGCCCACGCCUCCUCUGCUGGGGACGGGAGGGCGAGAACGUGGCUGCAGGACACUCGUCCCCAGGCUGUGCCCUGACAAUCAAGGUGACUCUUUCUGGGUUUGGUCCCAAGCAUGUAUUUAAUGACUGCCUGCUGUGGGCACAGCCCCGCCUGGGAAAACCAUGGCCCACGUGUUAAGUCGCAGUAGUAGUGGUCACAGGGUGCUCGGCGGGCCACGCUGUGAGCUCAGGGAGGCGCGGGGGCCGGAGGGGCCAGGAGCCUUCACGGGUCAUUAGCGUGCUUAAUGGUCUUGAAGGAGGCAGCUCGCUCCAGCUUCCCCCGAGAAGCCCUGGAGGAGCCAGAGAUCACCGAGGUGGCCCAGCUCCUCCUCCAGGCAGCUGGCACUGUCCCCCCCCACACCCCCCACAGAGGCUGCAGGAUGCAGGGUCAGGGAGCCGGGAGGAACUGAGUCUCCCUUGUGUGGGCACAAAGGCGGCCUCAGGCCCGGGGACUCAGCUGGGGAGCAGCUGCAAGGGCUUGGCAUCGGGGGACCCAGGGCUGAGGCAAAGACCCUGCUUCUCGAGGCCAAAGGGCCUGAGGACGUGACGGCUGCUUCCCAUGGCCCCUCUGGAGCCCCGGCAACAGGGUGGCUGGGGCCGGCAGGCGCCGCUGCGUCCACUUGAUCGUGGUCUCGGGCGAGCGGUACAGGAAGCUGAGCCUGGCCAGCAGCUUCUGCUCCAGCUGCAGCUUGCCCAGCUCGCGGACCGGGAAGACGGCAGCGCAGAGCCCGAGCACGUGGACCACGUCGGGCAGCUGGUCGUACAUGAUGGACCGGGCGAUGCCGGGGAAGUGCUCGUGGAUGAACUUGGCCGCGACCAUCACCACCGACACGUAGAGCCCGACGAGGCUGGGUGGGGGGCGGCCGUCAGCGCCGCUGUCCCGGGAGAGGGGUCACAGCCCCCGACUCAGCCCAGCUGGAUAGGGGCGCAAGUGCUAGCUGCUCACGGCCCCCGAGGCCUCCUGUGGGUGGGUCUGGGGUUCCAGCCCCCGCCUGGGGUUGGAGGGCGGGGGUGACGGGCACCCGUGGAGCGACACACGUUAUUACCCUGCACACAGGAAUGAGGGACAGGACGGUGGGAAUGUCCCUUUCUGCUAGUGGCUUGUGUGACAGACAGUAAACCACCAUCUUCGUAUGUUUCUGAGGCCAAGGGAACAGGGACUUGUGCCCCCCCCGGGGCAGUUCUGGGGUGCAGGGGUGAGGAGGGACCGGAAGGUUCUGAAGAGCCCAGGGCACGAGGCAGGUUUUUAGAGCCGGGGGAGCCUUACCUGUAUCCCGCCAGGAAGUCCAGUCUCCGGGGGCUGACUUUGUCGUGAAAGAUGACCAGCUCCAUGUCCUGGCCGCAGCCCCGGCUCUGGUCACAGCCUGGCCGCCACUCCUGGACACUCGGCCGCCGGGCUGGCCGUGAGGGCCUCCGCCGGCCUCAGCUGCUGCAGCCGGACUGUGGCGUUGCAGAAGACGACCAGGCGGUCCACGUCCCAGGACCCGUGGGAGUGGGCUGUGCAGGAGACACAGCAUCAGGCCCUGGGGACGUCUGCAGGCUCGGGAAGACCCAGUGUCACCCAAGGUGACCGGGUCAAGGAACUUGCCUCGGAUGGGCCCGAGAUGGACGUUCAGGGAAACGAAACCUCUAACGCUCUCCGGCUCUCCCCAUACGCAGUGCAGCCUGGCCCUGCACCCGAAAUGCACCCCUUUUUCCUGCCUUGUUCAGGGGCCCCCCACCUGGAGGCCCCUUCCCCAGCCGGCCCCUAGCAGUGCCUCCCGAUGGGCCGGUGGUUGUGGUCUCCCUGGAAGGCUCAGCCUUGUCCCCUGGUGCACACUGAUGCACCCCCUAAGAGCUCUCGGGGCCCCCAGGAGCACAUCCGCGACCCCGCCAGCCCCCUCCCCCGGUCCACGUUGGUUGGGUUGGCAUCUGCUGCAGGACACUCUGCCCAGAACCUCUGUUCACACUGUUCCCUGGCAAAUUGAUGUUCAGCAGUUGUUUAUUUGUUUGUUCCUUAACAAGAGGUUGCUUUGGUUUGAGAUUCAGCAAAAACACACGCCGCCUUCUGCUUCCUCUGCAUUCAGGAUUCAGUAAAUUAGCUGUUCUCCAGUUGGCUUCGGGGCCUCGCCUCAAAUGAGCCUCCCGCAAGCUAAUGCGUUUAAAAGCCUCGGAAAAUUACCAGGCAGCACGCACGCGACAGACAGCGUCAGCCCGCGAGCGGCUGGCUCAGCCCUGCGCCCGACCCCGUCUGCCCCAGCAGCGCCAUCUGAGGCCGGGCAGGGAUGUGAGGGCGGGACGGGCCCUUAUCAACUUCCAGCCGGGGGGCCUCUCUGUGGUCCUGCGAGCUUUGGAGAUGAGUCCAGGGAGGAGUCUUCAGUCAGGAAAACAAAAGAGACGAGAAUGCACAGGCCACUUCACAGUCACCUGCAGUUAGCAUAGUUCAAACACCAGGGGCCUCCGUCUGAAGCCGUGAGUUCCUAUUGGCUGCGUGAGAAACUCUGCGGGGCUCAGACCCCCCGCCCCCUCCGCGAGUCAGCUGAGAAAGUCUCCCCAACUCCGUGACCGUGGCCUCCCUUGAGAUGCCUGACUGUCCCUUUCUUCUAAUGGGUCGGCUGAGUUUCUGUGGCGUCCGCGAGCGUGCUUGGUCCAGCGUGGGGAUGGCCUGAAGGCGGCUUCCUCGGCCAGCAAUCUGUAUUAAGCGCCACCUGUAUGCACCCGUGAGACACGCACUCCUCUCGUGGGGUCCUUCCCAGCCUGCAGCCCUGGGGGGCCAGCUUCUAGCUGGGGAGCCAGAGCUGGCCUGUGGGAAGCUGGAGGUGGGCUGCCCCCGGCACCCAGGGGGCCUGAGCUGUAGGCGGCUCGCAGGCCGGAAGCGGCCCUCAGGCCCACCUCAGACACUCACUUUCUUGUACCAACCAUGGAGAUGUCAUU